AUGAGCCAGCGACAAGCAGCAUAUAAGUUAAACGUGUCUCAAAGUUUACUAGGCAGGAUGCUGAAAAGUCGAAAGGAAAUCGAAAAUGCAUCAUUAGAAAAUGUGAAUUCAAACCGUAAAAGAAAAAGGGUCGGUAAAGAAGAAGAAGUUGAAGAAGCUUUGAAACAAUGGUUCACAAAAGUCCAAAAAAAAGAUGCCCGAGUUACAGGACCACUGUUGCUCCAAAAAGCCGAAUAUCUCGCUAUAAAACAAUGA